AUGGACCAUCUCCCACCUCCAGAGCAUGGUCGCAAACCGGCAUGCUUCGCAGUUCCUCUGCUAGGCAACACAUCAAUUGGCAAUCAUGAUUUUUGGACUUUUCCCAUUGCCACGGAUAUUGCCAGGGAUAAAAAAGGGUAUUUAGUGCCGGAGGGCCGUAACGGCGAUGCCUCUAACGAUGAAUCCUUCUUUGCCAGAGUUCAGACAUGGCUCUAUUUUGGGCUCCUCAGGGAAUUUUUUGGCUUGUCUUUCAAGCCAGAAGAUUUCAUUGCGAUGUCCCCAGAGGCAGACCCUUCAAUCAACUCCGGUAGACUUACUGAGUAUAUGAAAAACUGGGUAGAGAAGUCCAGCAAAAUGCCGGGACCGAGCAUGGAAGCAGAACUUCGACAGAAGUUGAUAGUAUUGAAAACAAGUUGGAGAUUCGUGAAUACAAUCGACUAUAUCGAGCUCGCGAAGACCGACGAUCACGCCCUUGUCCUUUUCUCGAUCCGGGCUCUGAUUACCACGUUAUCCAAUAUGAUGUACGAACAUCGCAAGGAUGAUGCCGACCCCAACGGAUACUUUAGGAUUAAUAGUGAUAUCUACUCCUUGCCUGAGUUACCGAGAUCAUACCUACCUUUAGUUGCUUACAUGGAAAGAACAGGCUGGUGUUCAGCGGAGAUCAUGCGGCUGCUGAGCACUUAUACCUGCACAACAGUCUGGUACUUGGCUUGUCUUCAUGAAGGUGAGCCGAAUCGCCUCGAUCACACUUCGUGCACUCCUGCUUCGGCUUGCAUUGCUCGAAAUAUCACAGCAGACACCUACCGCUCUACUCACUUUUUGGAGAGUUGUCAGUGUGCUGCGAUUGGACCGGACGCCGACGCUGUAAUGGACGCUCUGCGACACGACGCAAUACCGCUGAUACGUUGCACAGUCUUUGACGAUGUCAAUAUUGACUUCAAGGUUGUCAGUUCAAUGAGAGCCCGUGACCACUUUGCUAUCAGUCAUGUCUGGGCGGAUGGUAUGGGCGUGCAGAGGCAGAACAAGAUCCACACUUGUCAUCUGCUCAACAUUCUUACGCAGGUCAGAAAGGCUUAUAUAUGCAACCUUGCUCACCAGCUUGAAUCAAUAUGGUGCCCCAGCGCCCAGUUGAUAGCAGAAAGAAUCGCUACAAGAAAGCAGUCAUUUCUGAUUUGGAUAGAUGCAUUCUGCAUUCCUGAUAGCCUUGAUUCCGAAGCGAUAUUACUCAAGCGUAAGGGUAUUUCUCAGAUUGACACCGUCUUUGCAGGGUCCGAAGCAGUUCUUGUGAUGGAUCGCGGUCUGAUGAAGGACAUCCAAGACUGUUCUUCCACUAUCGAACUCCUUGGACGUCUCACGACAUGUGGCUGGAUGACUCGAAGCUGGACCUAUUUGGAGGCAUCUCUUAGCCAACCUAUCACCACCUACAUCUGCACUGGUACUCAACUAGUCUCUUUAUUCGAUGUACUGCAGCUUGGCAAUCAAUAUCUUAGACUAGAUGUCUCGUCGCAAGGGGUAUAUCGGGAUUUGAUUACCACUUUGCAACCAUUUCUCGUACAGUGGAUACCAAAGGUGAAGUAUCUGAAACCUGGACAUGAGGAAUUUUGCAGGUUCAUGUGGAUUUGGAACGCGCUCAGUGAUCGCGCCAUCUCUCGUUCUGAGGAUAUGUGUUUCAUUGUUGCGAUGUUAAUGAGGCUAGAUGUAUUAGACCUCAUGACAUGUCCCGAAGAAGAACGGUUUGCAGCUCUGAUCCAAGACUUCCCAUUUCUUCCUCGCAGUUUUCUAUGCAAGAAUAUGCCACGCAUAGCCUCCGGUACAGCCGAGCGACGUUGGCUUCCUAGCAUGGUGAAGACGAAAAUCAAUAUUUACGAGGACUCGUUUGACUUCACCGAUGAGGGCAUCAUCAUUGGACCAGACCUGGCCUUCAAGACUCUUCUGUGCACAGAUAAGCCACUUUUAGAUACCUUUUCAAUAGGCAUACCCAAUCUGGGCAGUAGCCGCUACGCCCGCACAUAUUACACUAUCAGGCUUCACCAACCAUCAUCUACUGUCGACACCCCACCAACUACUACAUCAUACUGUAUCGCCCUCAGUGCCAACGGUUCCAGGACUUUUGAAACGGAUCCGGAGCAUACUGACAAAUAUAUUAGGUUCAUGUUUGGCCAUGGAGUAUGUCUCAAGAUAAGAGGUCAUCGUGCAGAUGGCGCGGUCGAAGCUGAUUACGUGACAUCCCUCACGUACACAGCUAGAGGCCCCGGAAACACUCCCAACUCAUCACUUGAGCAUUUUGACGUUGAGUACGUGGGCGCCACUGUUAUUGUUCCUUGUGGCAGAACUCCACCUUGCGACAAAGGUACAGACAGAGUUUUUGACCGUUAUAGCAGCUAUGGGGACGAUACGAACAAUGCAUUGGCCUCAGUUGAUGAAGAGGAAGAAGAAGACGCACAAGAAAGCCAUCCCAGCAUCCUUCUCUCCCUCGGACAAUGUCGAGCCAGAGCAGACGAAUCUCUUCCGCCACGGCUUGAGCUUUUGCAAUAUGCUCGUCUCCACGAUAGGCCAUCUCAGCGCGAUCAUCAACUGGUAAUGCGUCACCACGGUCCCAAGCUGGAGGGCCAUGCCAACUACCAGAAGUCCUGA